AUGUCGGUUUUUAUGCACAAAUACAUCGACCGGAUCGUCAAUGUGGUAGGGGACGGUAAUUGCGGAUUCUGGGUCAUAUUGACUUUGCUUGGUAAAGGAGAGGAUGACCAUAAGCUUGUCCGUCAUGAACUUAUAGAAGAGUUGAUGAACCAUAAAGACUCGUACACGCGAGUAUUUGGAGACGAAGCUAUAUUUGAAUUGGUUCAUGAAGCUCUUGUUCCUUGGUUGGGCGUUUACGCACCAACUUCAAAAUGGAUGAGAUUCCCGAAAAUGAAACAUCUUAUUGCAUGCGCAUAUGACAUGGUAUGCAUUGACUUAACGCAUUAUGGUUUUUCGGAAACCUUUUUUUCGCUCUGCACCACACCUCCUACGAAUCCAAAUGAUCGUAUUAUGUGUCAUUUUGUGCAAGUUUACUUGAAACCGGGAUGUCCCAUACCACCUACGUCACAAGAAUGGGCUCUUCAUCAUACCGAAGCUGCCGAUACGUGGCCGAAUCGUUUUGUGGAUAUGAUGCACGAUUUUGAAAGGGAAACUUCCGUAGAUGUAUCUACGAAAGAGUCUGAUAUUGAUGGGUGUUUACCGUAG